ACUACACACGCGCAGAGAGAGAGAGAGAGAGAGAGAGAGACUUUCUCCUUUUUCUAUAUUUGGGGCAUUCGAUUAUUUUGAAAAUUCGUUGAGAAACGAGCAGGCAGAGGACAAGGUAAAAAAGGGGCAGCCCUCUGCUCUGUCUGAAUUGCCGUCUCUCGCUACUUCUCUGGGCUUCUUUUUCUUUGCUUCCCUUCCUUAAACUCUCCCUCUCCCCGUUUCUUGUCUGGUUUUUCUGGGUGCUCUCGCUUUUCGCUGCUGAAGGAGUGAGUUUGACCGUCGGGUUCCUUUCUUGAUCCUCCAAUUCGAUCGUCAGCUCCUCGUGUCGACUUUUUUCGGGUUUCCUGUCGGCACUGUUCGAUUCGGAUUCCUCGACGGAAUGGGGAGUAACAUCAACUUCAAGAACUUCAGCACCGAUCCGACGCCGACGAAUAACAGGCCUCCUGGCAACACGCUGUUAACCCGGCAACCGUCGGUGUACACGCUGACCUUUGAGGAGUUCCAGAACUCUAUAGGCAAGGACUUUGGGUCCAUGAACAUGGAUGAGCUCAUAAAGAACAUUUGGUCUGCAGAGGAGAACCAAUCUAUGGCAUCUGCUAGUGGCGCUGGUGGUGGCGGCGGACAGGACGGAAUUGGAGUACCUGGUGGUCAUUUGCAGCGGCAGGGCUCGCUGACGCUUCCCCGGACGCUGAGCCAAAAGACCGUUGACGAGGUCUGGAAGAACAUUUCAAAGGAAGAUUCAGUUGGGAAGGAUGGUGGCCUUGUGACUGGAGGACCGGUUGUGCCACAGCGGCAGCAAACUCUGGGCGAAAUGACAUUGGAGGAGUUUUUGUUCAGGGCCGGCGUCGUUAGAGAAGACGCCCAAUACUCUGGAAAGCCAAAUGGUGGAGGACUGUUCGGUGAAUUGCCACGGGCUGGGAAUAAUGCCGGAUUAGAAUUCGGAUUCCCACAGCCGGGAAAAGCUGAGAAUUUGAUGGGGAUGAGGAACUUGGAGGGCGGUAAUCUGAAUUCCAUGCACCCUCUGAACAUGCCGGUGAAUGCGAAUGCGAAUGGAAUCAGAUCAAACCAGCAGCAGUUAACACAACCACAGCCACAGGCGCAUCAGCCACAGAUCCUCCCAAAGCAGCCCAUUUUGCCAUUCUCGCAGCAGAUCCCUUCACCUAACAAUACUCAACUCAACGGUCAUGGAUUUAGGGGCGGACUGAUGGCAAUUCCGGAUCAAGUGAUGACUAACAACUUGAUUCAGGGAGGCGCUUUGCAUGGAGGAGGAAUGGGGAUGGUCGGUUUAGGAGCUGGACCUGCAGGCAUGCCAACUGGAUCACCUGCUAAUCCGGUCUCAUCCGAUGGAAUGGGAAGAAGUAACGGGGAUACCUCCUCGGUAUCACCCGUACCAUAUGUGUUUAAUGGCAGUGUGAGAAGAAAGUGCAACAGUGCUGUGGAGAAAGUUGUGGAGAGAAGGCAGAGAAGGAUGAUAAAGAACCGAGAGUCGGCUGCAAGAUCGCGUGCUCGCAAGCAGGCUUAUACAAUGGAACUUGAAGCCGAGGUAGCAAAGCUUAAGGAUGAAAAUGAAGAAUUACGAAAAAAGCAGGCAGAGAUCAUGGAAAUACAGAAAAACCAGGUCAAAGAGAUGAUGAAUACGCAACGGGGAGCUAAGAAGCGAUGCUUGAGAAGAACACAAACUGGUCCAUGGUAAUUGAGAUGUUAGUGGAAGCAAUGUGUUUACAUUCCUGUGGAGUGACUUGGCCUCUGAGUGACUUGGCAGUUGGUCAAGCGAGAACAUAGCUAACCCAAGGAACACAAGGUAAGCUUAUAAGUCGAUGCCGAUCAAUUUCGAAUGAAGUUUGAUUCCAUUAUACCAUUUUUUUUCUCUGUUAUGUCGCCUUAAGUAACGAUCUGCUCAAUCUAAAUUAAUGAAAAACUGCAGCGAAAUUUACCCAAAAGAAAGUCCUCAAGCAUGGGUAAAAUCUUAAAUGUGAAACCGGUUGAAAUUGAUUAAUGUUUUUCGACAGCGAAAAGUAAAUUGAGUAAAGCUCUUUGAGUUUUUUCCUUUUCUGGGUUUUUUUUCAUAAGUUUGGUAUUGCAUGGCAACAGUCUUUGUCACCUGGUGCGGAACCAAUGCGAGAUUGGUGUAUUGCUCCCAGAUCUUUACUCGGAUGCCACAAGGAUGAUCCAUAACCCUCUUUUUAGAUUGUUAUGGAUCAUCUCGGUUCAAGAUCUCCCUCUUGUAAGAAUGUCGAAUGAGCAAGUAAGAUAUGUAACAGGACAUUUGGGAUAAUGAAAUGGAACGAGGAUGGACUAGAUUCGUCGAGGAAU